ACUAUAGUAAUGCCGUCCGGCGCCGCCUGCUACCAGAUUGGUUUGUUGAAGACGUCCUGGUAAUGGAGCUUGGUGUGCAGCAUGUCGUCCGGAGACAUGUUGGAGAUGAACAGAGGGGGGAUCAGCGCGCCCGCCACCGACCUGCCCUCGGAAUUGAGGAAGUUGAAGGUGGAGCAAGCAUGCUCGGUGGGCAGCACCUCCACGUUGAGGCCGGCGGCGGCCGCCGCGCGACGGACGCGGUCCGCGCGCUCGCGGUGCUUCGCUUCCAGACCUAUCACGAGUAGGUCUAUCUUGGGCACGAGCAGCUUGAACAGCAUCAGCGACUGCUGCGUCACCUCGGCCGCCUCCGUCACCUGCCACGACAUCACCGUCCUGGGGAAUAUGGCCAUGGGCCCCAACACUGUAAGCCCGUUGUUCAGCUUGAACCCAUACGUGGCGUAUGUGUCAAUCAUAAGUCCCGCAUCCUCCUCCUGGUUGAUAACUCGCACUGUGGUCUUCCCGUCCCCCUCAUACGCUGCUUUACUGCGCACUGCACUCACUACAGGACUUGCAUGUUUCAGUAACUUCGCUCGAGCUAUCGUACUCGCCAACAUUGUAAUAUUGUGGCUCGACUGAUUAUACUUUAACUUCCAUUAAUUCCUGUCUUCUAAUAACUUAAUAUUACAGUAAAUAUUCCGCCGACAAACAGUAUGAAUAUCAGCUGUUGUUUUU